GCAGACUAAUGUAAAACUAAAUAAGCCAGAAUAUAUAGGAUCAUGUAUUCUCAAUCUUUCUAAAUAUUAUAUGUAUGACUUUUGGUAUAGUUAUUUCAAAAAGAAAUACGGGGAUAAAGUAAAACUCCUAUAUACUGAUACAGAUUCAUUAAUCAUAGAAAUUGAGACUGAAAAUAUUUAUCAAGACAUGAUAAACGAUUGUAAGCGUGUAUUAAAAAAUACUAAAGUAAUAGGUAAGUGGAAGAAUGAAAAUGGAGGAGAUAGAGCUAUCGGCUAUACAGGAGUUCGUGCAAAAUGUUAUAGUGUUGUGUGUGAAAAUUCACGAAAAAAUAUGAUCAAGGCCAAGGGUCUUAAAAAAUCUCUCAUCAAGAAAGAGCUUACACAUAAAAUAUUCGAGAACUGUGUUUUAGAAGGGAAAGAAGAUCAACCACAAACUGCUCAAUUCCUCUGA